UUACCUGGAACGCAAAUGACUGAAAUAAAAUAACCGUUGUGCUUGUAGGCAGCAGUUGCUUGUCAAUUUUUGCGCCAAUUUCAUUAUUAUUUUAUUUGUUUUUUCGCUCUCCCUCGUUGUUUUGCGUGUGACACUUUGGAGGAAGAUAUCGUGAAACAAUACAGAAUCCAGCGCCAAUGGAGGGCGCGGUGACACCAGACGGUGGGCGUCGCACUCGCGCGGCGCUCGCCGAGAUCCCGGUCCGGCUCGAUCGUCUCCGUGUCACCCCCCUGCAGCCCGUCACUAAUAUACGGGAGCGCUCUCCUGCAUUACCCUCUGGCUAUCUCAGUCCUGCACCAUCUCCUGACGAACUGCUGAUACAGCAGAGAGGCCGUAAGCGUCUGCCAGUAACAUGGUCGCCGGACAUCGAAUUAAAAAGAAACUCUACAUUUCAUUCGGUUGUACGAACUCCGCCAAAGGACAACCACCUCUCGCCUUUAAAACUCGGAGUCACUCUACGUUCAACGCCACGAAAACGCCUCUUACUUGACAAUGAACGUAUUCCUCUCACUCCCGAAAAAAUUGACUUUAGCGACAUCAGCACUCCCCAAAAGUUCAAGAUAACCAGCCCUCUUAAAAGCACCCCACCCAUGAAAAGAAUCAGAAUGGAGAGAACAAUGACUCCCGAUUUUAAAGGUCCCAUUGACACUGCUCUUAAAGGUUUGAGCCCUACACAACUCAUUCGCAUGAUCAAAAAUAUAACAUACAAGCACCCAGAAAUCGAGCAAGAGAUCAGGAGUGAAAUGCCUGUGCCUGACCUAACGCCACUUGAAGAGCGCCUUAGCUAUUUGAAGAGCAACAUUUUCAAAAGCCUACCGACAUCUCGUCUCACUUCCAAAACUGAUUCCCCAGCUUAUUCACGUGUUUCGACACAUUUAGCAGCUUUCAAAAAGUGUGUUGUUGAUCAGGGUAAGAUCUUGGUCGAGUCUCAGCAUUGGGAAUCAGUGAUACAGUAUGUAUUUCUUGCUUGGAAUUAUGUUAAGGCCACUCCCGUUUGGGACAACCAACCUCAUAAUGCUCAAAGAAAACAAUGCUUUAAAGCGCUCACUACGUUUUGCAUGACGGCGCUCAAAAAGGGUGCUUUGCAGAAAGAUGUUUUAGCUGAUGUGCAAGACAAACUCCAAGGAAUGGUGGCAGAUAGCGAGGAAAUCAUUUCUUGCUUGAAGUAUGUCCAAAGCCAAGUACAAGAUGUCUUGUAAUGUCUAUUGUAUAAGUUAAGACUUAUGUUGUAACAGAUUCUAUAAUUGUUAGUUUAAGACACAAGACUGAUAAAUUUACGACCACAUCAGUAAUGUUCACCAUAGAUACAGGCUAAAUACACUUAUUUCUAUGUAAAAAAAAUUAUUGAUGUGGUAUAAUGUUAAAAUAUUCUCCUUUCCUACUUCAAUAUUUGAUUCUGAAUUAUAUAUUUUUAAACAAUUAUGGAAUCUGAAUUAUUUUUUGUUCAUUAUUACCUCAUUUUCAUUCUUUUUUUUGUAAUAUGCAAUCGUUUUAUGUUGUGUGCCAGUAACUGUUUGUUACUACUGUGCUUUUUUUAAAGUUCUGUUAAGGCCAGAAAUGAUAUCAUACAGAACAAAUACUUUUGAUUAAAGGUCAAUUUAAAUCUUUUUUAGACCUCACAAAUGUAUUGACUUGCACUGGCCCUAAUAUUGAUUUGUAUCGCUAAUUAAUGAAAUUAUUUGGAUUUCUUUCAUUAAUAAACUAUUUUAUAAAAUUAUAAACUUUUUGUUAUGUAUUCCCAGUAAUUGUAUGUUGUAUGUGCCUUUGCAUUUAAAAAUGAUAUUAUUCUUAAUAUGAAAUUAUUGUUCUUUUCAUUUCUUUCUUUUUAUUUUUUAAGUUUUAUACAUAAGUGAAAUAGUGUUGUACUUUGGUAAAAUUGAAAAAAAUCAAGCAUGUAUUUUAGUGAAUAAUUUUAAUUAUUUUGUCUUCCAUAUUUCUAUGGAAACCGUUUUGAUUGUUUUCAAUUUCAACACAGCUGUGAAGAUACCAAAGUAUUCUUACUGUAACUAGUUGUACGAAGAAUAAUUUUACUUAUUCUAUUUGUCGUCACUAUUAAAAUCUCAGUUCGUGCAUUUAAAAUGAUCAAAAACGAGUUAUUUUUGUAAAACCUAUUGGAAAAAAUUGUUAAAACAAUCGAAUGUUGUGCCUUAUGAGAAGCAAGUGAUUGACGAAAUAUCACUCGAUAUUGUUAGAUAGAAUAAGCUUAAAUAAAUCGCAUUUUGUAA